AUGUUAAUCCGUAUUGGUCUCUUAUUGUUCAUACUUACUUGCGUUCAAACAACGGAAGAUGAAGGGGAAUAUUAUAAUGGUAUCGGCGAAAUAUACAGAUCCCAGAUCAUUAACGUUAUACGCAAACGUCAAGCAGAUUUAUCAGAACAGAAGCUACAAGGUGGCGAGGUCAAAACUGAACCAUUGAAUACAGACACACUGAAUGACAGUGCCAAUAAAAUACCUGCAAAAACUAGUUCUAAAGAGGAAACACCAAAAACGCAGCCAGUAGUCGGAGAAAGCGAAGGAGGAUCCGUGAAAGAAGAUAAUUCUAAAUCAGUAGCUCUUGCACCACAGCCUAGUGAAGUACAAGAUGAAAAAAAUACAAAAACUGAAGUUCCCAAGGGUAAUGCGACAGCACCCGCCCAUUCUGCAAUAUUAUCACCGCAUGUGACAAAUUCUACGGCAGUAAAAUCCAAUGGAACAUCGAAUUCAACUGAAGAUCUUACAUCUGAAAGCUUGGUGAACAAGCCAGGUGUUGUGAAAAGAGGUCUUAUAGUUUUCGGAGGCUUUUCUCUUCUUGCUGCAGCAUAUUUUGUGUUUUACAGGAAAAAGAGCAAAAACUAUGAUUCAAACACACACAGCAAUAAUGAUACAAAUCAGUUCAGAUAUGGUGUGUUACAAUCAGACGAUCGUCGGGACAACCUCGAACUCUCACAGAUACCGUUAACCAUGGAAUCUGAUGACGAGGAAGAAGAUUUGGAAAUAUUUGACCUUGAACAGAAGAAAAAGUCCCUAUCAUAUGUAAAUCUACAAGUCAACGAUGAAGAUAUUGUCCUAAACGGCACAAAAGAUGAGUCCAAAAACAAUCUGCUACUAGAUAUUGAAGAUGGGUCAGAUACAUUGAUCAAUUGGUCGAGUAAUGGUAAUAAGUCGAUAUUAUAA